UUCAGCUUGUAUUUAAAUCACCAACAAUCUUCCAAUAUGUAGCUUGGGAAAAAAAUGAUUUUCUUUUACCCAUUAUCAACGUUAGAAAACCAAGAUGGCUACUAGAGAUUUACCAAAGUCAUUUCGUGAUUUGGCAAUUGGCUGGAUUGAUAAAAUCCCUAAAGAGGUUACUAUAACCCCUGCAGGUAGAUUAAGACUCAGAAGUCAAAUUGAACAGAAAGAGCUUGAGCACCGAGAAAGGGCUAGAGAAAAUGGGGAAAUCGAUGAUGAUGAUGAGUUAACCCGUAAGAAUAUGGGUAAGGUCAAUAAAAAAAAUCUUUGGAAUGCUUUUGUAUCGGGUGCAGGUUUGUUUUCUGAUGGGUACGUUAAUAAUUCUGUUUCUACGGUUAAUACUUGUUUGAAAACUUUGUAUGGGACGACUUAUACUGAUUCGAGGGCUAUUUCCAACAUUUCAGCUAUUGUUUUCGUUGGUACUAUUGUUGGACAACUUUCUUUUGGUUAUAUUUCCGAUCAUAUGAGUAGAAAACAAGGGAUGAUGAUUGCUAAUACUAUGUUGAUUAUCUUCACUUUACUUUGUGCAGUUGGUACUUGGGGUAAAAAUGGUUCUCCACAAGGUUUAUUUGCAGCAUUAACUGUUUUCAGAUUUUUCUUGGGGAUUGCAAUUGGUGCUGAGUAUCCAACUUCUUCGGUUAUUGCUUCAGAAUUUGCUAAUGAAUUACCUGCUGGUAAAAGAAAUCGUUAUUUCUGUUGGUUUACGAAUUUUUGUAUUGAUGUUGGUUUCGUGGUUUCUGCUUUUGUUCCCUUGGUUUGUCUCUGGAUUUUCUCUGAUCAUCAUUUAACUGCAGUUUGGAGAGUGAGUCUUGGUUUGGGUUGUAUUCCUCCCUUGGCUCUUUUCUUCUUAAGAUUAAAAAUGCUGGAAAGUUCAAGUUUUAAAAAACAUAGUGUUCGUUCUGCUAAAAAAUUCCCCUGGUGGCAAGUGGUUAAAUUUUACUGGUUUAGGCUUACUGUGGUUUCUCUCAUUUGGUUUAUUUAUGAUUUUUCAACUUACUCUUUCUCAACUUAUUCUUCUUAUAUCCUUCUGGAAAUUGUUCCUGGUGAUGAUUUAUAUAAGAAUUUUGGUUGGAAUGUCGUUUUCAAUUUAUUUUAUAUUCCCGGUGCUUUCUUGGGUUGUUUAAGUGCAGAUUAUAUCGGCCCUCGUUUAACCAUUGCUGGUGCUCUUGUCAUUCAAUCUAGUAUCUCUUUUGCAAUGGCUUCUCAUUAUCCUACUUUGAAAAAACAUAUCGCUAGUUUUGUGGUGGUUUUUGGUUUCCAACAAACUUUCGGUGAAUUUGGUCCUGGUGACAAUAUCGGUUUAUUGGCUGCUAAAACUUCUUGUACUACAGUUAGAGGUAGUUACUAUGCUAUCGCUGCUGCAGUGGGGAAAAUUGGGGCUUUUGUUGGUACUUAUAUCUUCCCAAUUAUCAUGAGUAAUGCUAGUAAAGUUUCUGCUGAUUGGGAAAUGCAAGCCCCUUUCUUUGUUAGUGCUGCUCUUUGUAUGUUUUCGGCAUUUUUGGCUUUAUUCUUAUGUCCAACUGUUGACCAAGAUGCAAUCGAUAAUGAAGAUGCUGCUUUCAUUGCCUACUUGAAAGAUCAAGGUUAUGAUUUACAUAACAUGGGUGACGGUACCGUUCUGGAAGUCGUAGAUGAUGAAACUAGUGAAGAAGAGGCUGUUAAAAAUAAACAAGAUGUUCAAGUUGAUACUAAUUCUAAAAAAUCCCUCUGAUUAAUUUCAUGCACUUAUUUAUUAUUCUUUUAGUUCUCCUUUAAUCUUUACUUAAUAUAAUAUUC